AAAAAAACUCAGAGCAAAACUACCUUGGCAGCUGAACGUGAUCGUGGCACCCAGGAAGGGGAGCUUUGGCAUGGAGGGCCUCCUAAUGGCCUCGUGGCCCAGCCGGGCAGGGCUCCCUCAGGUUGGAUGAUACCUGGCCGACUGCGGCGGGCGUGGAGCUGGGGUUGCUGCGUGGAGCACGGGUGUCCACUGUGGGGGCUGACGCGACGCGCCCUGCUGCUCAUGCCAGCGUGGCUCUGCCAGAAGGAAACUGGGGGCAGGACCCUCAGCAGGGCCCCAGCUGGCACGGCAUGGAGCGCUCAAGCAAGAUGGAGUUCUUCCAGAAGCUGGGCUACAGCCGGGAUGAUGUGGUCAGGGUGCUGGGCAAGCUGGGUGAGGACGCCCUGGUCAACGACGUGCUGCAGGAGCUGAUCCAGACUGGCAGCCGCCCUGGGGCCCACGAGAGCAGUGCUGUGCCCCUGCUCGUUCCCAGGGGCUCCUGCGGGGCCCUGGACUCGGCCCACUGCGGGCUGGCGGCAGAGCUGGAAGAAGAGCGUGGAGACCCAGCCAGUUCCUUGCGACCCAUAGUGAUCGACGGCAGCAACGUGGCAAUGAGCCAUGGAAAUAAAGAAGCCUUCUCUUGCCGGGGAAUCCAGCUGGCUGUGGACUGGUUCAGGGACAGAGGACACGCCUACAUCAAAGUUUUUGUUCCAUCCUGGAGGAAAGACCCACCAAGAUCUGAUACCCCUAUUAGAGAGCAGCACGUGCUGGAGGAGCUGGAGAGGCAGGCGGUGCUCGUGUAUACCCCGUCCCGCAAGGUGAACGGCAAGCGGGUGGUCUGCUACGACGACCGCUACAUUGUGAAGGUGGCCUACGAGCAGGAUGGUGUCAUCGUCUCCAACGACAACUACCGCGACCUCCAGAGCGAGAACCCCGAGUGGAAGUGGUUCAUCGAGCAGAGGCUGCUCAUGUUCUCCUUUGUCAACGAUCGGUUCAUGCCUCCCGAUGACCCCUUGGGCCGCCGGGGACCCACCCUGAGCAACUUCCUGAGCAGGAAGCCCAAGCCCCCAGAGCCAUCCUGGCAGCACUGUCCAUACGGCAAGAAAUGCACCUACGGCGUCAAGUGCAAGUUCUACCACCCCGAGAGGCCACACUUGGCGCAGCUGGCGGUGGCCGACGAGCUUCGCGCGCAAACGCGGGCCUGGCGGGGCGCGGGCGCCGAGGCGGAGCGGCGGAGGAGCGCGCGGGCGGCCCGGGACACCGCCAGCUGCGCCAAGUGUGGCCUCUCGGGGUGGNNNGGGCCCCCGGAGCCCGGCGUGCGCAGCCUGCACCCCGCGCGGCGGGCGGCCGACGUGGCCGCGCUCGAAGGCGGCUUCUCGCGCCUCGCCUUCAGCGACGACUCUGGGCCCCUCGGGGCGCCCCCUCGGGACGCCGGCCUCGCGCCCCGGCCGCGCCGUCCAGACUGGGGGGCGCCGGGGGCCUCGGCGUCCCCGGGAGCCCUGCCCGGCCUGCUGAGCCCCCAGGUCGGGCCGAGGGGGGGCCACGGCCCCGGGGCCCCGCACAGUGAUCUCCCCCAGCGCAGGAGGCCCGCCGAGCCGCGGGCCCUCCAACAAGGGACCGGCCGGUUCCCGGGCCGCUCGGCCUGGGCGGAACGCAGCUGGGGCGACGGCGCCUUUGGGGGACCUUCGGGGUCCCCGCCUCCUUCCGCUCCCGGCGAGGUGGACGCGCGUGCCCGGGCGCGCAUCGCGCUUUGCAGCAUCUUCCCGCCCCACCAGGUGGACAGCGUCAUGGCCCUGUUCCCGGCGCUCUCCGACGUCACCCGGCUCAUCCUUCUCAUCCAGAGAUUCCAGACGUCUGGGGCUCCCGUGGGGAAAUCCUAAGGAAGUCGUCCAAGCCACCGGAAGUCCCAAUCUUGCCUUGCCCCUUGGUCAGGGCGGGUGGUCGGCCUGCCCCUGGGGCGAGCCACCCUGCAGCCCUCUUUUCUUUCAAGAAGGUCAGGGAAGCCGGCUUCCUCACCCUCAGCAGCACCCAUGGUGGCACUUGAUGACCCUCACUGACACUGCAGGGCUUGCUGCUGGAGGUCCGUGUCCUGCAGAAUAAGGCUGGCCACAUCCAUGGAGGAAGUGGCCUCCUAUGUCUGGAAGACUAGAAGGUCCCAUGACGGCUCCAGGGGUUUGUCCAGAACACUGCAUGGCUGUUUUGUCAACCUGCAUUUGGGAUCCACGAGUGGGUCACAACGUCAAUUUAGUGGGGCACACCAGAAGGAGUGGUGUCGGAAAUCUCAGAGCACAGGCCACAUGACCAAGCUAAGUAUGAAACUCUUGUAUGUUAGCUACACGUGUGUGCACCUGUGUGCCCUUGGUAGCCGUGCAAACUUAACGUGGGUCAUGGGCAAAAGUUUGAAAAAUCCUGGUAAAUGGCUUUGGCUUUUAUUGCAUCACGUGACAUCUGAAAUACGUAGUCAGUUGACUGGUGGAGGUCUUGGCAUCUGAUAGGUUUCAUAUCAGCUGUUUCUUACCUCAUGAGAGGAACCUAGAAUUCUAGCCUUGAUGGGUGGGUCCGCUUGUCACUCUGUGUGGUUGGAGGUGGGGCAGGGGCACAUGGUCUUGAGGGCAGAGCACAGAUCCGCAACUGGUUGAGCCUUCUAAGUCACACCUCACUCCUGAGUCAAGGCCCAGUGAGUCAGGACUUGUGCUCAGAAACCUGCAGGUGGGUCAGUGAAGAGCUGGGAUGAGCCUCAGUCAUGGGGGUUUAUCGCCACCUUCCACCAGUGCUGUUUCUUCCAGCCAGCUACUGCUUUGAGUUUUGGGGAGGAGGGACCCACCUGCUUGCAGUGGACAGGACAUGAGACUGCUUGCGGGGUGUGAACCCUGCGUCCUCAGGGGCCCUGGCAUCUCUAGUGGGCAUCCACCCAUUCACUCUGGGUUACAAGUCCAGAUGUGCAGGUCUUAGCUCAUUUGUUCGUGAGGACCCUUGGUGGCUUGGCCAUCAGGGAGAAUGUGAGGCACCUCCCAGUGGAAAAUCAGCUCCCAUCCCCCAAAAGCUUCCUGCAGACUGGCGAAUGCAAAGGGAAACUCUUCUCAGAGCAUCGUUCAGCUGCAUGCAUUGUGGACACAGAGCAGGGUGCACCCCUGGGACCCUGGGAGAGUCUGCUUCUAGCCCUCUAGUUCAUGGUAAAUGCCGCCAGUGGAGGUACAGUGACGCUGUGUCUCCCUGUGACCCCUUUGACCUUUUUUUUUUUUUUUUUUAAGUAGGCUUCAUGCCCCAUGCGGAGCCCAACUUGGGGCUUGAAUUCACAACCCUGAGAUCAAGACCUGAGCUGAGAUCGAGAGUUAGAUGCUUAACCGACUGAGCCACCCAGGCACCCCCUUUUCGUCUUUUUAAACCAGAUUCUUAGAGUGGCUCCAGCCUGAUCUGUUCUUCACCUCUUUUUGCCAAAGAGGACAACUGCACCCACAGUUAUAUCUUAGUAUUUUGGGAACUUAGUCCUGAAGAGGCCCCACCCUUCCUGGAUAAAAUGGAUUUCCCUCGUGGUGUUUUGUUUUGUUUUUUCCUUUCUUUUGACAAGACAACUUUAUGUGUUUGUCUCUUGGGUCUGUCUCCUGACGUAGAGCCGUCUCCUUGCUGACUUACAGUUGGAGAUGUUUAAACUGCUUCCUUUGAGGACAAGUUUGAGUUUUAGUAAGCUGUAAAGCUAUUUUAUUUGGUUCACUGUGAUGAAGACAAGCACAAAAACAGGUGAAGAGACAGCGCUUUUCAGUGUAAUCCCCUUUGGAAUUUUUUCCAAAGUCUUGGUACGUCUUUUUGACACAAAACAUGGAUGGAUGGGUGACUGAAAUGUUCCUAGUUGCAUAACUGUCACCGUGAUCCAAAAAUAAAUCACUUUUAUCCACA